CGGCCGGCCGCCUCGAGCCCUGCCCGCCGCCCGUGGCUCGGGCUCCCCCGCGGCCCCCGGUCACAAAGGCGGUUGCCAGGAGCCCCGCGGAGGAAAGAUGCGGCUCAGAGUCGCGGCCGCCACUCUGGAGCGUGCGGACCGCGGAGUCCAGCAGGUGAGCCGCCGCCGGCCCGAUGGUGGGACCGGGCCCGGCUCCCGCAGCCGCCUGCGCCUCGGCCGGAGCCGCCUGGCCCCCGCCCCCGGGACUGGCAAUGGCAGGAUACCAGCUCUGGUCACCAUGGACCCCACUGGACGAGAGCUUCCAAUGGCUGCGGCACACGACACCUACACCCUCCUCCAAGCACCCGUUUAGGGCCUCCCCCUGCCUCCCGCACACCCCUUCUGACCUUGAAGUGCAGCUGUGUUUUCAAGAGGUCACUCUGGUCCUAGACAGCCCAUUCCUGGAACCUGGAGUGAGCCCCAAGUUACCGUGUCACACAUCCGAGCUCCGCACGAUGAACAUCAAGAAAGGGCUCGUCAGGAAGCCCCAGCCUGUCCGCCUCAGUGGCGUGGACUCUGUCUUUGGCAGGGUCAUCACAGCUCAGCCACCGAAGUGGACCGGAACCUUCCGCGUUUCAGAUAAGUCCGCCUUUUGCAAAAUCAUCAGCAGGGAGCACCAGUGGCCCACGGGGCUCAAGGAGCCCCAGAUCGAGAUGACAGUGACGAUGUGUAAACAGAUGCUGCGCUCGAUCCUCCUGCUGUACGCGACGUACAAGAAGUGCACCUUUGCCUUGCAGCACUCCAAGUAAAGGGUCCCGCUGACCCAGCUCGCCACGGCGGCCCUGCUGUGUCCACACAGACCCCGCUGCGCCAUCGCCCUUCUGUCAGGCGCCGACAGUUCAGGAGCUCCUCCCUUGUGUCUGGUGACAGAGCCAGGGAGACCAUCUCCACGGCGAAGUUAACAGCCAUUUGGGGUCACACUAGCACUGACUUGUUCAUGGGAUAAAGAACCAAUAAACAAACCAUAUACACAA